GGUAUUUUUGUUCUUAUUUUAAAAAUAUUUUUAUGUAUCAACGAAUCGCCGGAAGUAUUUGUUGGGGGCGGGGAUGUACGUCACCGGAAACCGGAAGGGGGAUGAAUGAAACAACCGUUGUCAUGUAACCUGUAACACCUCUAUGCAGCUGGUACGAGAUGCCACACAUUCACUACAAAAUGCGACAGCUUGGCUUCUCCCUCCUCCGCCACAUCUCUUCCCUUCCUUCCUCACUGACUGUCCCCUCAGUCACCCGGUCAUGCUGCCUCCACCGAGGGGUCCUCAACGGUUCUUGCCACCAGAGCCCCAACCCGGGUCACAGCUGCCAGCACAGGCGGAGUGUGAGCACAGCCCUCGGGCAGCACAUACAGGACCUGAGUGGUCCUGAGCAGAGACUGUUGGAUAAACUGUACGAAGGGCUGAUCGGAGGUCAGCGAGCCUCUCUGGCCGAGUCCAUCACUUUGGUGGAGACCCAGCAUCCGAGGAAAAAAGAGCUGGCCCAGGUGCUGCUGCAGAGGGUGCUGGCCUACAGGAGGGAGCAAGAGAGUCAAAAUGGAGGGAAGCCAGUGGCCUUCAGAGUAGGUCUGUCUGGUCCUCCAGGAGCAGGGAAGUCAUCUUUCAUUGAGGUGGUGGGCAAGAUGUUGACGUCACGUGGACAUAAAGUUUCAGUGCUGGCUGUUGACCCGUCCUCCUGCACUACAGGAGGGUCUCUGCUGGGUGAUAAGACUCGUAUGACUGAACUCUCCAGGGACAUGAAUGCUUUUAUCAGGCCAUCUCCGGCCUCAGGAACACUCGGUGGAGUCACUAGAACAACUAAUGAGGCCAUUGUUCUCUGUGAGGGUGCCGGAUAUGACAUUGUCCUUGUAGAGACCGUAGGUGUGGGCCAGUCAGAGUUUGCAGUGGCUGACAUGGUUGACAUGUUUGUGCUGCUGAUUCCACCAGCAGGGGGCGAUGAACUACAGGGUAUCAAGAGGGGCAUCAUUGAGAGGGCCGACUUGGUGGUGGUGACGAAGUCGGAUGGAGACCUGUUGGUGCCCGCCAGGAGGAUCCAGGCUGAAUACACCAGCGCACUCAAGCUGCUCAGGAGACAGUCCAAGUCCUGGAAUCCCAAGGUGGUGCGCGCCUCCUCACACACCAGUGAGGGCAUCCCGGAGGUCUGGGCCAAGAUGGAGUCAUACCGGGACGCAAUGCUAGCCAGCGGGGAAUUCCAGGGCCGGCGGAGGGCCCAGCAGAAGGUUUGGAUGUGGAGCUUGAUCCAAGAGAACGUCCUCCUUCAUUUCCAGAAUCACCCCAGUGUCAGAGACGCUCUACCCCACCUCGAGGAGCGGGUCACCAAAGGAGCCACCUCCCCAGGCCUGGCUGCUGACCUGCUUAUCAAAGCCUUCUCAUCAUCAUAGUGAACAAUGGGGCAGCUCGGCAGGAGAAGGAUGGAUGCCUUGUGGCUGAUCAGGGCCACUCAGUGCCAGUGAAAGCCAGCACAGCAGGAGAAUGUGUGAUCUUGACUCCGUGGUUUGCACAAAAAGAAGCCAUCUUACUCUUUUUGGACUUGAUUUGAAAUUUAGAACACCUAAGAUAGAAAUCAGCCCUCCACAGUUUCUGCAUGCUUACAUCCCAAUCAGGGAAGAGCUGAGAGAGCUGACAGUGGGCGCUUCUUGCCUUUUAAGCUACAAGACACAUCGAGCUUUGGGACAGAGGACAGCAAAAUAAAACAUUUCAAAUGGUUUUACAGUGGUGUGAGGUAUCUGAUGGUCUGGGUUUCUGCAGCAGAUACUAUAGAUAUUCUUCGUGAGCAGGAACACUACUGAUAUAUGAUCAAUAAUACAAACUGUUUGUUACUUUGAUUGGGAGUGAUCCAUUUUGGUAUUGGUAUCAAGUGCUGAAAUUGACGUAAUUCACUUCACAAUUAAAUUCAGAUGUAUGACUGACAUUAUCAAUCCACUGAUGUACUGAUCCAGAUUCCAUAGUCUGAUUGAUUGGUUGUCAAUUUCCCAUCUACAAAAUCUACAUAAAAAUAGUUGAUGGGUUGCUGUGCACUUGAUUUUUUUCUUUUUUUCCAAGUCUUUCCAGACAUGGUUCAAAUAGGUCAAAUAAAUUGUUUUGAAAUACAUUUAAAUUUAAUUGCAUUUUUGUACAUUUUGCUCUUUUGAUAGCAAUCAUGCCGCCUUAUACAUAAAACCAAUAAUAAUGAUGAUAAUAAUGUUAGAAUUCAUGCAAAAAGAUCUCUGGUGUCAGUGUUGGCAGAUAUCCAAGUUCGGGUAACUGAAACUGAAAAGAAGUUGAGUUGUGCAACUGUGUUUGUAACCCAGAAAGAAGAGUGUGAUGAAAAGAUCAGGCUGAGAGAGAUGGGAUUUGUUACAAUACCGUCUUUCUUAUUUGAACUUCUGUGGACAUUGCUUUGAUAACAAACACCAAUUUUCUGUGGGAAAAGCCACUGGACCUUCAAAAUAUGUUUUAUUCACCUUUUUUUUUUCUGUGUUGAAUAUUAUAUGAAAAGAAUGAUGUGAAUCUUAAAUGGAUAAAUGAAUAACAUUAAAUCUGUCAGUACAGCUGGCCAAGCUCC